GCCAUCUAGUUGAGUGAUUCAUGCUACCUAUUUAUCGCUACAAUACACGGAGCCUUCCGCAAAACUGCCGUCAAAUCGCCGCUUAAUCCCCGCUUUACUUCCUUCAACGCCUCAGCCGCAAGUUAAUCAAACGGCAUUUCUUCUUUAAAUAGCCACCGCAUCCUAUGAAUCUCCGUUCUGCAAGCGAUAAUUGUCCAUCCAUACGGCGGAGAUUUCUUCGUUUUCAUCAUGCGGUUGAAACGCGGCGUUGAGCGGGCGUCGUGCGAUUUCUGCCAUCGGCGUAAGAUCAAAUGCGAUCGAGCUUCAAGGGAAACCCAGGGCCAGUCUUCCUGCUCUCCUUGUUCGUUGCGUCAAAUUCAGUGCAUUCUUGAUAAUGCGGAUGAUAUCCGACUUCGCCGACGGCGAAGAUUAAGUGUCCGCGAUGAAGACAUCGUAGAGCAGAGCACACCGCAGCCGUUGACGAGGAACCUUACCAGCGUGGAUGCUGAAAACUUCAUUAAUCCGAGCGUAUUACCCGUCAUACACGACAGACAAAUCCGAGAAACGCCACAAGGGAGGCUAGAGCAGCCAUUUCCAUCCCACUUCCCGCCAGAUGCAGAAGAUAAUAUCCCCUCAUCGGUGGACCAGACGCCAGAUUUCUCUUUCAUCGACACCCCGUUCGAACUCAGCCCAGAGAGCAUUUUAUUCUUAGACCAAGUAUUCAUGGGCUGGUACGAAGGAUCACUAGAGAACCAUGAGCCACAAGUAAUGACAGACGGCGGUAUCCAACUCUCAAUGGGAGAAGAACAAUCUGCUGGCGACACUCAAGACAAAUCGGCUGCUGAAAGCUUAACUACCGGCGCUCGUCAGAAACUCUGGAUUGAUUGCAAUCUUGACAAAGAGACAUUUGAUGCCUCACUGCACGCAUACUUUAAUUUCUCUGCAGUUCAUCUCCCGAUAAUCAUGGAAGAUGCUUUCUGGAAGGAUUAUCACGCCGGGAGAUGCAGCCCUGCUCUUGUCUAUGCCGUUGCCUGCCGCGGAAUCAUUUUCACAGCUACUUCGGAUAGCUGGGACAAGCAACAAUGCUUAGCCCUGAAAUUUAGACAGAAAUUCUUGGAGGCCCGGCAGAAAGCAACAGGUAUAUCAGCUAUACGUCUCGACGAUCUUGAGGCGCUGGCCAUCAUGGCCAAUUGGAUAUAUGAUGAAACAAAAAGUUCGCCUCUCGAUACACAAUUGGGAAGCCUUUUCUUGACACACGAAUCACUUGUUCUAGCUACACUGGAGUCUCAGAUGCAAGACUGCAAUACGGGAAAUCCAGCCUCGUUAGGUCCGCUUGCUCGCUCGGAAGAGCGUCGUAGGCUUCUUUUUUGGCAUGUGUACGGCUUUGACGCGUUCCAUAGCCUAGAUCGCAACCUCAUCUCUAGAAUUCCAGAUGGAGAGAAUGAUGGUAUAUCACGAAAACUGCCGCAGCAUGAUACUGGAAACUAUCUCGAUGCCAUUCUCAAUUUAGCCAUUAUUGUGAGAGAGAUGCUGCAGGUCUUUGUGACUGUCAGCACAAAACGGAAUGGAAUAAAGCCUCAAGACGUUAUAAAUAUUUAUGAAAGGCUCGAUUGUUGGCAGAAACGCGAGUGUCCCGUCCACCUUCGUAGGAAGAGAGAUAACGAAGGCAAGUUAAUGCCACUGACAGUCAACGAGCCAACAAAGACCAAUUUUAUCCAGCCACUGCACUGCUGUCUCCUUUGGCUUUUGGAAAUAAACUGUUACCUGCAGGUCGAAGCUUGCGUUUCUCGUUACGGUAUGCGAGAUGGAGGCCCCUUUGAGGCAGAAAUGGCUACACUUCGCGUCGAAUUGGAGUCUCUCCGCGCAGUCAAGGAUGGUUUGGAGAUUUCUCAAUGGGUGAAGCAAUAUUCGACUACAACGGGUACGGGUAGUGGCGCCAAGAGCCAUUCUCUAAUCGAUCUUGCACCGUUUGCCCGCGAUAUCUAUGCCGGCCAGUGCUUUUGGAUAAGCGAACGCGGCAAAACGUUGACCUGCCAUCCUACAACUCGACAACGAGGAGAUAAAACCGCAAAUCAUCAUCAGAAGAAAGACAUCGAUGACUAUAUGAAAGCCGCCAAGGAGUUUCGAAGCGCCGUGGCGAUGGCAACGUCGCACAGAGACACCGAACUUGUGUUGGAGCGGCUAGACCAGCAAAUUUCUUCGUUUGCAGAACUUUUGGCACAGUAGUCGUUUGCCCAUCGAUCCAGGAGUAUCUCUUUAUCUGUAUAGCAAGAGGGAAAGAAUAGCGUACCAGGGAAUUCUAUAUACAAGGAGAUCAGUGUACAAAGAGAUCAGUGAUUCUGUUGCUCAGUGGCCAGGCAAUGAGCAACGAGGAGGUUUGAAACAUGGCAUCGUACAGCAUACUAAUAAUACUGUUGUUUCGUCGUAGCAAUGGCUAAAUAAUACUGUUUAUGCAUUGAAAGAUGACGUAGGUCUGAUUGUCCUCGUUGAGUCAAUGACAGCAGAAAUCAACAUGAUGAGGUCAGUGAAAC